AUGGCCGGCACAAGCCUGACUUCUUUAUCCCUGACCCCAGAUCCAAGCUUUAAUUGGUUCUUCCUCCUGGAACUAAUUGUCUCCUGUAUUCUCGUGCUCUUCUUCCUGCUCUACUUCAAUCGACUGUUUGCAACCCUCGUGUCCUACGGAGUCCGCGCAUAUACCUGGCAUUAUUACCGCGCCUAUGUCGAUAUUCGAGCCCUGCAGAUCUCGCCCUUGGGCGGGAGGAUUUUCUUCAAAGGCAUCCGAUACCACGGCGUGAACGAGACUAUCUUUGUACACGGAGGGUUUAUCACAUGGCACUACUGGAAACGUACCGUGAGACGGACAGACGUGGCGGGCCUGGAUUGCAAUGAUGGAGCAGCGAAAAGAGAACAUGACACCGGGGUCGCGGGCGAUGCCGAUAGCAGGAAAGCGGACAGCGGGGAACAAGGCGGACCGAAGAAUGCGGAUGCUCUUCCUUGUCGCAUCACAGCAAAGGUCUAUGGUCUUGAGUGGUUCGUAUAUAACCGGGCUCCUGCUUACGAGGGCAUACUGGCGGGAUUCGAUCCAUCGAAUUCGUCUUCUUCGGCUACCAAACCACAAUAUCCUGAGAGCGAUGCGCUGGAUCCGCACUUAAAGGAAGGGAAUCUGGAUUCAUCUGUGGCCGGAUCUGCUCGCGCCGAAAGUCAAGGGAGGCCAGCUACAGCUGGAUCGCAGGACGCGGCUGGGUCCGAGCAGGAACUGGGGGAUGGCAUAGUAAGGUUCCUACGACUUUUGCCGAUAAGCUUGGAAUGUGACAAGGGUGCCAUCGUCAUGGGAAAUGAGAACACGAGAUCGGUUUUGACGACCACUUUCGACAGUGCUACUGGUUUGAUCGAGGCCUGCAAUGCUGGGGCGCUCGACCUGUACCGACAGGUGUUUUCCUUCAAUUUCAGCCAUCCGGUAAUUCAGAUGCGCCCAAAUCCAGAUUUCAAGCAGAACCAGCUGGCCGCUGCAAAGAGUCUUGGGUCAGCCGAAGAGGAUCAAGCUGGAAUGAAGCACAAGCGAAAUCCUAUCUUCAACUACAGAUUUCAGAAACGACGAGUCUGGCACAGUAUCCGUGAUCUGAUACCUUACUUUCAAACGUCGGUAGAAUCAUUUCAUGUGCAUCAGAAACAUGCCGAUUCCGGACCUAGAAAUUCAAUCGAUCUGGGCAGUGAUACGCGCUGGGUCGGACUUUCCCGAUACCUGGACGAAAGCGCGCAGGAUGACCACGAGGAGUGGAGCCCCGUUGAGUAUGGUCGAUUCUCGACAAUUCUUGACAGUCCUGGAAUGUCCGUGGCUUACUACUGGGAUGUUCCGGGGUGUGUCAAGACCUUUCCACCAUCGGAAACUUCAUCGCUGCCGGAUGCGACGUGGAGAAUCAACGGAGCCCCGCCUCCGGAAUGGGGCAUAGAUGUCAAGAUCAAUGGUGGCACUAUCAACUAUGGUCCCUGGGCCGAUAGGGAACGAGUUGGUCUGCAAAAUGUGUUUUUCCCCAAUGCGUUUCGGAGCUCGGAGCCGUCCGAGCCUCUGGAUCCCGGAGAGACGAGAAAGACCACAGUGUUUACCUUAAGAGUCGAGAUCAAUGAUGAGCUCACACUGCGAAUUCCUACUAGAGAGCCAUCGAAAGACUGGCAAUGGAAAGGUCGUGCUGAUACCAUAAGAGGUGUCUCGAAGUUAAAGAAACAGAAUAGUAGGAGGCAGUCGCGUGGCGCAGAAGGAGAAAAAGGUCAUAUCGGUCCAGAUAGACGACCUUUUGGGUGGUUAUCGCUUCGUGUGGCUGGUGACUCGACGAUCCGCUACAGCAUGGAUAUGUUAGCUUCUAUAUCAGGAUUUCAGAGCCGGCUCGAUCUUGACCUCCGAGAGACCAAGCUGAUGUCCAGUGUCAAUCACGCGUUACUGUGGCAGUGUCCAAGGCAACUGAUCGCUUGCGACCUGUCCGUUCCUCUCUCCUGGAAUAGUAUGCGUACCUGGAGAUUUGAUAUCAAUAGCGAUGACAUGGAGCUGUUCUUGCUACGAGAUCACAUCUUCCUUAUCACUGACCUUGUUUCCGACUGGGCAUCCGGGCCACCUCCGGAGUAUAGCACAUUUGUCCCCUUUAUCUAUAAGAUGAACCUAUCUUUCUCGAAUUUCCAGUUGUUCCUGAAUGUUAAUGAUAUGAACAUAGUCAACAACCCGUCUGACUUGGAUGACAACCGCACAUUGGCCAUCAAGGGCAAGAAGAUGACCUCGAACAUCACCAUCCCCUUGAAUAAGUAUAGGCCUGAGGAAAAUGCUAUUUCCUUCGAUGUCACCCUCGGGAAUGCUGGUAUUGACUACUUGACCCCUGUAUGGGAUACUAUGCAUGCUUUUCUAGCGAGCAAGUCCACUGCUGCGCUCGAGAAGCUGACCAUUGACGGCGUAUACAACUAUUACCUUACUACAUCUCCCGACUUGGUGGAUACACUGGUUCUGAACGUUGACGGCUUUUCUCCCAAACUCUACCUCUUCGGGUUUCUUAUUCGGUCCUUCAUGACCAUCAAAGAGAAUUAUUUCGGCGAGGAGAUGCACUUCAAGACGCUAGAGGAAUAUCAGGAGCUUGCCUACCCACAGGAAGACGCCGGAACCCAGCUUGGGGCUAACCCUCACAGGCAAUCGAAUGAUCUAGACGUGAUUGUGCACGUCACAGUCGACAACCCCUACGCUCUUCUUCCGGAGAACAUCUAUGAUCAAUCGAACUGCAUAAAGCUCACCGCUGCGUCCUUGGAGGCAGAUUUGCGAUUCACAAACUAUUAUAUGGAUUUGCAUUUCUCCAUUGCCCCGCUAAAGGCAGCCUUGGAAUCAAGCAGAUCUACGAGCCCGCCUACCGUAUCAGACACGCAGCUGUUCAUUGACGGCGUGUCUGUUUAUGGCCAUCGUUUGUUUGGUCUCCCCCCUGCGGAGCCAACGUAUGUUUGUAACUGGGACUUCGAUAUUGGCCGUAUCAUCGGAGAAUGCUCAACAAAUUUCCUUAGCUGCUUGACAGGAGCGCUCAAGAGCUUCGAUUUUUCAUUCGACAAUGAAGAGAACGCCCUUCCGUUGUUGAAUCCGUUGCAGCUCCAUGAUGUUACUUUUCUACGAGCUAAGGUUGAGGCCGUUCAUAUCUCCAUCCUCCUGGAAAGGGCAGCCCUGGUCCUAAGUACUGGUCUCGUGACAACGAAGUUUAACGACUGGGCGAACACGAGGUUUUCAAAGCGCAUGAGCCUACUUGUCCCUGAUCUCUCGGUUGCUGCCAUUGACUACAAUUCCAUAGGGUCAUCUGGAAGCUUGCCCGAUGAAACUAUUACCCCUCUUGCUCUCCUCGAGUCCACUUUGAACCUCAGAAUGGUGCAGCAGAAAGCAGAUGCCAACGGAAGUCGCAAACUACAACAGGAACAUGUUAAGCUUCAUGAUCAAAGAACACAACGCACCCCUUGGCUAAUAUUUGACUGGGAAGACAUUGAGCCUCGCUCACUACAGGUGGCUGGUGAUGACUUGUCUUCACCUACAAUUGCCAUACCUACCAUGCCCGAGCCAGUCAGCAAGUACCGUAGUGUUGCCGGUAGCUCAUCCUCAUUGCGCCGAUUUUCGACAACAGGAAGCAAUCGCAGCUUCAGGAGCUUUUUCGUAUCGUCGGAGGUAUCGAGUGUGAAGAGCGGCCGCAGAAGGCAACCGUACAGCUCUAAUCAUGUGGCAUACCCUCUCGCAGACAGAAAGAAGCCAAAUUCUUCUCAAUCAACAGUCCACGGCAGGGAUGUUAAUCGGCAACGCGCUGGCCAAGACUGCUCCGAGGCUGCUCCAGUCGGAAACAGCGAUGCGUCAAGCCCCUGGUCUAUGCCUACGUUUUCCUUUCACAAGAUAAGAUUGGAUACCGCCCAAUUACCUCAACGACCAGCUUCGCGUGCUAACUCGGCACAAAGUGACUAUGCUGAUGUCAAGCUUGGUCAUCCCUUCUCUCCCGAAAGUGAUGGAACGACUCACACAAAUCUCGCUAUAGAGUUGCCACUCGGUAUCAGGAGCUUUUGCUCUCCAGAGUUUCUUCACGUCGUGUCUGCAUUGGUUGAGAAUCUGCAGCCGAAUCACCCUAGCGAUAUCAUUGACUCUCUCCAAAAGGACAUCAUUUCAGACAUCGUGGCAUACGAGAAGUCGAUGAAAAGCCCGCGGAAAUGCACCAGCAUUGCUAUGAGGGCCCCUUACCUGCUUGUCAAAUUAGUGAAUCCCGGCUCUGGUGUCACUGACGGAUUUAGCUUCCGAGAUGAGUAUAGUAUAGUGGUCUCGCAUCUGAAAGCAGAAAUUAGGACCAAGACCCAGAGGCGAAAGGGAGACCUUGUCGCAGGAGUAGAUAAGAGCUCCACUGUACAUGCAGCUGCAGACGGCCUUUCGGUCUCGGUGCAAGGCUGUCGCGCCGAUGCUUACCAGGAGAAGGCCGAACUGAGCUGUGUCCUUGGCGACAUAAACUUCUGGCUCGUGACAGGAUCUAUACAAAGGUCCAACUUCCAAGUCAGAUCUUUCGAGACUGUGACUUCAACCAAAUCUGUGGAGCACCUUGCUUCCCUGGUCCGCAGAACCACGACUAUGAUCGACUCCAUCGCAUCAUCUUUCAAGCAUAGCCUCUCUAUUGGCGAGAGGCGAUUGUGUUACCUUGUCUAUUUUCUCACCCAACAGGCAGCUAAUAUUCCUGAUCCCUCUUUUCUCGUACGUAUUUCAUAUGUGCUGAGAGUUGCGCGAAACCAUUUACGGCAGCAUGAUUCAUGGAAGAUCAUCUCUCGUCUACGCAAUGUGUAUAAGCACUUGCCACCCGCUCAAGCGUCUAAAUUGACCGACAAAUGCUUGUAUGGAGAUUUCGAGCUUCCAUCCAACGCUAAAGACCUGGUGUUGUCAAGCUUCGACCAAUGGCGAGCUUGGGAUUUGGCGCACGUCGAGAAGAGCUACGUGAUGAGAAGCGUGUGGAAUAGUUCUGAGUCUGAUACCACAGACACAGCGGCUUCCAUGCUCUUCUCUUCGACAGUGAAACUUUUCCGUGUCUCCAUUGAUCCUGGCCCAAGGGAAAGUGAUUUUAGAGUACAAGAUCUAGCAACUGCUGUCUCGCUGAACGUUCCGAACGAUAGCCUAUCGGCUGAAGAUAAAGACCACAAGGAUCUAAUCAUUGUGCAAUCCUACUGCUCGUCUUCCGGCCUCCGUUUGCGGUGGGAGAUCCUCGACCUUGUGGAAGGGGUCCUGAAAACCAUGUCUACAGUGACACUUGAGUCCGCACCACCGGCACCGAAGCACGAAAACAGCCCAAAGAAACCCAUUGAGUUCCAACUUGUUCUUGGGGCUGACCUGGGCUCGAUCACGCUUGAUGGUAUCAACGUCAAGCUAGCGCUGGCUGGGAAAUCGCUCAGAAGCUCGCUCGUUCAUAAGUUUCCGAGCUCCGGGGUUAAUGAGAUGACAAGCUUCUUGUGGAGUGCUAGCGCCUGCUACUCCGAGAUAUCCAGCAACUCGAAAGUACUGAUGAUGUGGAAACUUUCGGACCCUCAUAUAUAUGGCUCUCGAGUGUCCGAGGAAAACGAAUCUGGAUUGAAUAACGAAUGGAUGGUCGCGGCGUCCUGCAAAAAGCUUCGCUACAACAUGAAAGAGGACCCGCUCAGCCUUGCACACAUAGCUGAUCGACUCAUAGAGGAUGAGGUUCGAUUCGUUUAUGAGCUUAUCAACAGCGUGGAGUUCCCGGCACACCAGCAGGGCCCUGUAGCCCCCACGAAGCUGGUCCGCAACAUAUUCCAUGUCGCUGUAUUUCUGGACGACUACCGGUUGAGUUUCUGUGUUCUACCCUCGCUGACUUAUAUCAUCUCUGGCGAGGUGGCGCGAACCUCUAUAACGCCCAGACGAGGAUCUAAGAUGGAGAUAGACUUUGAUUUGAAGAGGAACCUUCAUACUUUUCUAUCCAAUGAGGGCGGCCAAUGGCACUCUCUCUCGGCACUCGAGAUCCCUCCGAUCAACGGCCGGAUCAUUGCUGAUCUCUCGCCUGGCCGCACGGAGAUGGAGGUGGACGUCACUAUUGAGGUCAUUCACCUCGAGGCCAGCGCCGUGCGGAGUCUUUUGGGCGCGCUGACAAGGCCAGAAGUUUCACAUUUUAUGGGCGAUCUCAAACAGAAUGUGGACACCUUACAGCUUCAUCUUGACCAUGUCCUUGCACUCAGAAAAGCGCCACCGCAGCGGAAGGACUCUUCAAGUGACCAUAUAAUUCUCUACAAAGCGCGCAUGACCAUGGCAGGAACCAAGAUUCAUGCGACAGCGCCAGCGCUCAACGGAAACCAUUACUCGGCGGAUCUAGACAUCAGAUUGGGGAUGGUGCGCCUACGCCUGGACAACGGCUUGGAGGCCGGACACCCGAUGGAAUAUCCUGAGUUCCACGUCGACUCCUCGAAUCUUAGCUUGGAUCUGAAGAAACAAGAUGUAUCAAGAAGCCGAUCGUACUGCAGCUUUGUUGUUGACGCCAAACUUCAAGGAACAUCUAUGCAGCGUAACAAUGGCGAGAUGAGGCGGGUGCUACAUUUAAGCAGCACAAAAUUCAAUGUCGAUCUAUUCCCUGAGAGCGCUGCGCUGCUAGUUGACUUGGCUGCCCAUCUCCAAGAGCGCAUAAAAACCUUGGACCUCUCCCAUGAAGUGAAACGAUUUAAGAAGCUACGGCGUCGGGGGCAUGCAGAGCCGGAACGCAAGUCCUUGGAAGUUCCUCGGAUACAGGUAGACGAUGCCAGCUCGUCCGAUGAACUUUUCAAUGCCAUUUAUUCCUUGGACUUUCAUAAUAUUCAGCUUGGAUGGAACAUGAUGACGAUGUCUUCCGCAAUACCAGAAAACAAAUUGGCUGAUUUGGUAUUCUCUAUCAACCGGGUUGAGUUGUCAAACAAGAAGACAAAUGCUGCCAAGCUCCGAAUCGAAGACAUGCAGUUACAGAUGGUACCGGUCCAUGGUAACCGGCAGAAGCGCUCACUCAACUCGGCCCUUUUGCCGGAACUGGUCUUCAACGUUGCGUACGCUUCCGUGGGCAAGGAAGUUCGAUUGGCCUUUCAGGCUGCUGGAAAGUCAUUGGAUCUGCGAGCUACCUCGGAGUUCAUACUUCCGGCCAGCAUGAUACGUGAUUCGAUUGCCUCUGCUGUCCGGACCAUAAGGGAGGCCAAUAACAUCCUGGUUUCGAAGCCAUCUGGAGAUAGCGUGAAACUCCGUCCCAUCUUUGGAAACAAACGCUUCCGCUCUGUGCUAAUUGACGUUGACUUCGCUGGAGCCACUGUAUCCCUGCAAGGGAGGCAUACAGAGGAUCAACAGACAAUGCUGACUGCAAGUCUGAAGGGAAACCAGCUUCCACAGUCAGGAUAUGGUCAAUAUGUUCAUGGAGAUGGCAUAGCCACGGCGACUUUCAAGGCCCCAGGGGUGGCAUUGAAAGUACUAUUCGAGGACAAUGGCCGUGAAGAUCCGGCUCUCAACGCGGAAUUAAAAGUCGAUGCCUCCACGAAUGUGCUUUAUCCUAGCCUCGUUCCUUUGAUCAAGCAGGUAACAACCACUGUCAAAGAGGUCAUGGGAGAUCACCCAAGGGCCAGACGACCUUCGAAUGCGGUCAUGCUACAUUCGCAAAAGCUGAUGUCAGAAACCCCACUUGCAAAUACAGAUCCGGGUUCAAUUCUUGGCCGUUGCAAGUUGAAUGUUGGGAUCUUGAUUUGCAGGCAAGAGUUCAGCUUGAGCUGCCAACCCAUAGCUCGUGUGGCAGCCACCACGCAAUUUGAUAGCGUCUAUGUUACGAUCAAUACAGUACAGUCGGACGAGCAGGAGCGGUUCCUAGCUCUUCUGGUGGCUUUCAAUUCCUUACAAGCAUCGGUGAAGCAUGUCUACUCCAAUGAAUCGACUGCGAGCUUCGAAGUGAAGUCUAUGGUCAUGUCCAUCAUGAAUAGCAAGCAUCUGGGAAGUUCAAAAGGCAUUUCAGCCGUUCUUCGAGUCAGUCCCAUGAAUGUCGCACUCAAUGCAAAGCAGGUGCAGGAUCUAUUGCUAUUUCGCGAGAUUUGGUUCCCGUCCAACGAUGAAAUAAGUCCCGGGCCUGCUUUCCAGUCGCAAUCGCAGGACACGCAAGCCUAUAUUGUACAGAGGUAUCAACAAGUUGCAGCAACCCCUGCCUUCCCUUGGAAUACCACGAUCGCAAUUGAGAAGCUGGAAAUACAACUUGACUUGGGAUCCACUCUGGGCAAGGCGCAAUUUGCAAUCACUGACCUCUGGUUGUCGACCAAGAAGACAUCUGAUUGGGAGCAAAUCCUUUGCGUCAGCUUUCACACAGUGGGUAUUGAGAGCAAAGGCCGGAUGAGCGGGCUCGUCGAACUACAGACUUUCAAGAUCCAGACCUCGAUCAACUGGCCCCACGACCAGCAAGACAACAGAACCCCACUCAUUCAAGCGUCCAUAUCCUUCAGCCAGCUGGACGUGAAAGUCUCCUUUGAUUAUCAACCGUUCCUUAUCGCUCACAUCUCUCGGUUCGCGUUCUUUAUGUACAAUGUUCGCCCUACGGCCGAUGCGCCCAACGAGCGGCUUUUCAGUAUCCUCGAUGGAGAUCAGGUGCAGGUGUUUUGCACUAGUAUGACUGCCUCUCAAGCCUUGGCUCUCUUCCAGGCUUGGCAGCGACUCGUUCAAGAUAAGCAAGCAGCGUACGAAGCAUCUCUACAAGACAUCGAGCGGUACCUGCGUCGCAAGACCUCCGUGUUUUCGGAGAAAACCGAGACAAGCUCACGGGAAAUCUCCAAGCCCGCUAAGGAGGAAACGGAAGAAGCACCCAUUUCACUGCAUACCGGAGUGGUGGUUAGUAUCAACGUGGUCACCAUGGGCGUCUUCCCGCGCUCAUUCUUUGACAAUCACGUCUUCAAGCUGGAAGCACGGGAUGCCCAGGCUCGGUUUGAUGUGUCACUCGACCAGGGCAAGAUUCAUAGUGCACUGGGUCUGACCUUAGGCCAGCUGCGGGUUGCUCUGUCCAACGUUGUUCGUUCCGGUUCCAUGGAUGCAGACGAGCUUCUACUUGUCGGUGAAGUAGGCAAUCGUGUCACUGGAUCCCGAGGAGGCACGAUCCUUAAGGUGCCGCGACUGGUGGCUCGGAUGGAGACCUGGCAGGUGCCAGGAUCCCACCAGAUCGAAUAUAUCUUUCAGAGCACGUUCGAAGGCAAGGUCGACGUCGGCUGGAACUACUCCCGCAUCAGUUUCAUCCGGGACAUGUGGGAAUCGCACUCGCGCGCGUUGGCCACCCGGCUCGGUAAGCCGCUGCCUCCGUCCGCGGUGCGCAUCACGGGGGCGCUGAAUGCCGAUGGGGGCGGCGGCGGCGGCGGCGAGAACGAGUCGCAGGAGAAGAUCACGGCGGUGGUCAAUGUGCCGCAGUCGAAGUAUAGCUAUGUGGCGUUGGAGACGCCGGUGAUCGAAACGCCGCAACUGCGCGACAUGGGCGAGGCUACCCCACCGCUGGAGUGGAUUGGGCUUCAACGGGACAAGCUGCCCAACAUUACUCAUCAGAUCAUCAUUGUUACCCUUCUGGAACUGGCGAAAGAGGUGGAGGAUGCAUAUGCAAAGAUCCUGGGGUCGUCGUGAUGCCAUGCAGCUUUUCCUUAUGCUGUGGUUUUAUGUCGAGUCUGUGCGUGAACCGGUGUUGGUCUUACCUAUCUGUGCUGGACCAUUGGUUGUGGGGAGAAAGGACGUAUGUGCCGUUUACUCAGUCAAUCACUUCAGACUGUAUAUAGAACCUUUUUUGAUAUCUCUAGCGUACAAGUAAUGUAUAUACUAUCUUAACAAUAAUUGGUGUUUAUUUGCGAAGGAGAAGAGAUGAGAAGAG